GCCCCCACCACUACACUUCGACUGAUGAAAGAAUGUAUGGUGAGACUCAUCUAUUGUGAAAUGCUGGGAUAUGAAUCUUCCUUUGGAUAUAUCCAUGCAAUCAAGCUUGCACAGCAAGGAAAUCUUUUGGAGAAAAGAGUUGAGAAAAUGGUUUAACUCCAAGCAAUACUAUGUCUGCAUACACAGAAGGAAGGCAGUGUCUUGCGGGAUAUGCUUGUUUGAUAUCCUUUGUUUGAAUUUCGUCUGGAUCAUCCACUCAAGUAUUGGAGUUUCUGAGAAAAUGCGUUACAAGUGAUGAUUUAAAGUUGUUUUUUCCCCGAAUAAUGAAAGCCAGUGCACAGAUGCUCUGGUAGUGACUAAGAUUUUCAAUCUUCACCAAACCUGGGAGGGCAGGUGGUAAGCUGUUUUGAAGAAAACUUUAUAUGACCUCUGUUAUUUGGCUGUUUCUUUAUUUCUCCAUGAAAAUCAUGAACUGCUGCUUCUACUUGUCAACACAGUUGUGAAGGACUUACAGAGCACUAAUCUUGUAGAGGUGUGCAUGGCAUUAACUGUUGUCAGCCAGAUCUUUCCACGGGAGAUGAUUCCAGCUGUUCUUCCCUUAAUAGAAGACAAGCUCCAACAUUCGAAGGAAAUUAUCCGAAGAAAGGCUGUUCAAGCUUUAUAUAAAUUCUAUCUCAUUGCUCCUAACCAAGUCCAGCAUAUUCAUGAUAAGUUCCGGAAAGCCUUAUGUGACAGGGAUGUUGGAGUCAUGGCUGCUUCUUUGCAUAUUUAUCUUGAAAUGAUUAAGGAAAACUCAUCUGGAUAUAAGGACUUGACGGAGAGUUUUGUAAUGAUCCUGAAGCAGGUAGUGGGAGGCAAGCUUCCUAUUGACUUCAACUAUCACAGUGUGCCAGCGCCAUGGUUACAGAUUCAGCUUUUAAGAAUAUUAGGGCUGUUAGGAAAAGAUGAUCCAAGGACAAGCGAAUUGAUGUAUGAUGUUCUGGAUGAAUCUUUAAGAAGAGCAGAAAUAAAUCAUAAUAUUACAUAUGCCAUCUUGUUUGAAUGUGUCCAAACAAUUUAUACAAUUCACCCCAAAUCUGAACUACUCGAAAAGGCUGCCAGGUGUAUUGGAAAAUUUGUUUUGUCACCCAAAAUUAAUUUGAAAUACUUAGGUUUAAAGGCUCUGACCUGUGUUAUUCAGCAGGAUCCUAAUCUGGCACUUCAGCACCAGAUGACAAUAAUUGAAUGUCUGGACCACCCAGAUCCUAUUAUUAAAAAGGAGACUUUAGAGAUUCUUUAUAGAAUUACAAAUGGACAGAAUGUUACUGUCAUAGUUCAGAAGAUGCUUGACUACUUAAGAGAAAGCAAGGAAGAAUACGCUAUCAUCACCUUAGCUGGCAAAGUAGCAGAACUUGCUGAGAAGUAUGCCCCUGACAAUGGGUGGUUCAUCCAAACAAUGAAUGCAGUGUUUUCAGUUGGAGGUGAUGCUUUGCAUCCUGACAUCCCAAACAACUUUCUGAGGCUUUUGGCUGAAGGAUUUGAUGAUAGAAAAGAAGAUGAACAGCUACGGACGUAUGCAGUACGGUCUUAUUUAACAUUACUUGAAGAGGAAAAUACACUCUAUCCACAGAAAUUCCUACAAGUAAUGAUUUGGGUUUUGGGAGAAUAUUCCAGCCUUGCUACAGAUGUUGAUCCAGAAAUUAUUUUGACAAGGCUACACAGCUUGCUGAAGAAGACUUUUGUUACCUCUGACACUAAAGCAUGGAUUAUGGCUGCAGUCACCAAGAUAGCAUCACGCACCUCCUGCUCUAAAACAAUUGACAAACUAAUCAAAGAAUUCAGCAGCUCUCUAGAUACUUGCAUGAGACAACAUGCCUUUGAAUUGAAGCAUCUGUGUGAAGACAAAGUAUUGAUGAAAAACUUGCUUCCGUUUGAUGCUAGUUGCAAUGAUGUGGCGGUAGAUGCUUCCUUAUCUUUUCUGGAUGGGUUUGUGGUUGAGGGACUUAGCCAUGGUGCAGCGCCAUAUAAGCCUCAUCACCAGAGACAAGAGGAGAAGCUUUCUCAGGAAAAAGCUCUGAAUUUUGAACCUUAUGGAUUAUCAUUUGCUUCAAGUGUGUCCUCAUCUGGCAUCACUGGUAGACAGUCCCCCACUGGUUUAUCUUUUGGGUCUGAUGCGUCGGGUAACAGUGCUGAGACUGGGCAUAAAGAGACAAAUACUCUGAAACUUGAGGGAAUAAGGAAGUUGUGGGGCAAAGAAGGCUAUCUUCCAAAGAAAGAAAGCAAAGCUGGGAAACCAGAUGAGCCACAGGCUGCUUCUUGUGGCAACUUACUAGCAGAACGGGUGAUUGAUCCUCCUGCAUCUCAGUCUGAUCAAGUUUCCAGCCUCUCUGAGGAAGAAAAAGAAAAGCAGCAGUUAGCAUCGACAUUGUUUGUUGGGCUGGGAUCAAAUGCUGGUGUCAGCCUGAUGGGGAAAAUGGAUGUGGCUACUCAGAAGUUCAAAAGAAAAUCAAAGAUAAAUGAAACCCAAAACAGUGAGGAGGCAUCAGACAUCCAAAACGGUGAUGCUUCAACUUUUGGUCCCUUACUUGAUACAGUGCCUGUUAACAAGGAAGACUGUGAGGGAAAUAAACACACAAGAUUAAGAAAACCUUCCCUCUGUUCUUCAGAUACCGUGGAAGAUAACUUAGCAUUUGAAACACCUCAGUCCCUUAAAAAGCCUGGGCUGGAUGACAGACUUUCAGAUAGUAGGCUGUCACCGUUGUCUUUGUUUGCUGAUACUAAUAUUGAAAUUUUUCAGCCUUCUCCAAGUGCUUUGUGUGAAAGUGCCAACAAAACAUUGUCGGUCCCUUCCUUACCAAAAGAACUAGAAGAGCUCCCUCACUCCGAAGUAGUGGAACUUUGUCAGAGUGAUGCCUUAGCUCUGUAUUUAUGUAAGGUGUGGAAAGACGACUCUUUGUUGCUCGCUGUGUUUGCUUCAAAUAAAAAGGGUUCUGCGCUUAAUGCUGUGAACUUAGUGUUUGAAAAAGCAGAACACUUUCAGAUUUUGGAGAGUCCUGCCCACCAGUUCUCUGUAAUUGAAGCUCAGAGUGUGGAACAUUGCCAGAAAUGUGUUUGGAUGGACAAAAUCUGUACACAGGGAAUUCUUCCUGGCUCCAUUAGUUACCAGUCAGAGAUGGAAUCUUGCCUUGAAUUUUCAGUAACUUUAUCAUUGUUGGAUUUCAUCAGGCCAAUGGAAAUGACUACAGAAGACUUCGGGAAGCUGUGGUUGUCCCUUUCCAAUGAUGUGAAACAGAAUAUAAAAAUGUUGCCUUCUCAAGAUUCCCUCUCAGCAGCUCUGAGUAUGCUGCAACAGAAGCUGAAACUCCACAUAGUAGAUAUUAUAGGUAAUGAGGGAAUAUUGGCAUGCCAGCUGCUUCCAUCCGUGCCCUGUCUGCUGCACUGUCGUACAUACUCAGGGAUGCUGGCUUUGUGGUUCAGAUCGCCUUGUUCAGCUCUUCCAGAUGGUCUGCUCUAUCAGUGUCAAAAGGUGAUGGAAGAAUCCUAAUAACAACAGUGCCUGCCUUAACUUAAUUGGUUUGUGAAAAGCAAAUGAAAGAUUUCUAUAGUUGCACUGAUAAUUACCAAAGCUAAAUUAAGAUACUGCUUUUCAGAAGUAUUAAACUUUCUUCCAAAUGGCAUAUGUCAUAUGGACUUGUGGGGGAAGAAUGAUGACCUAACAUAUGCCUGCAAAAACAUGCUCAGGACUGUACAGUGACUAAGGAGUAAUCCAUUAAAGUAUUGUUACCUGUUUGAGUGUAAUGUACAUUUCUUAAUUUUACUGUAAAUGACUGAAAAUAUUUAUUUUCAUUACGCAGCUUUUGUAGAUGUCAACUCUAAUUUCUCAUAGCAACUACUUAAAUAUAACUUUAAAGAAAAUAAAUCUAUUAUGUUCUCAGACUUGAACACUUCCCAGGAUCACCUGAUUGUUUUGAGAACUUGUCUAAAAUUGUUUUUAAACAUUGCUGGCAACAAGACACCUAACAAGAUGCAAGUAACUUACAUAGCAACAAAAUCAUGCUUUAAAAAUAAGAUUUGAGUAACACCUCAUGACCUUUGCUUCCCAUUUAAGUGUUGACAUCUAAGUAGGGUCUUGGUAGGAGGCAGGCAUGUGAAAUUGUAUGGAAGCACCUCGGGUAUGAUCUGAGGCUCUUCAGGUGACUUCCUGUCUGCAGUUCUUCCUGCGUCAUGUUUCAGUCACACUCUGUUUCUCCAGGGCUCUGCAGCAGUCACUGAAUCUUGAGUAUGUCCAGAGAUGUAUUGUGUAGAUCAAGUCUGAGAGCAGUGAGGUGGGGUAGUUGGCUUGUGGGUAUGUUCACUGCCUGUCAGUCUUAAUCAUGUGUAUUUAAUCUGGCUUGUAUCUCCGUCCAUGAAAAUUUAUGUGGAGGGAACUCUCAUUUUUAUUUUCUAAUUAUUAAUAGCUUGAGUAUGACUGAGAAUGACAGAUGUGGUGUGUGUGUGUGUCUACUAGCUGCAGUAAGGCAUACGAGAUCUAAAUCAGUCCAGCAAUCAUGAUAAAUGUUUGGAUUGUCUCCUUUUCUUCCUGAAAUAAUUUCAGUCUUGAAAAUCCAGCAAUCUUUAUUUAGACGUUAAAUGAGAUCUUUAGUACUUUAAAAUAUUUAUAAUUGCUUAUGUUUUUAUUUUAAAACAUGAAAGGUUGUGCAGACAGUACAGACGUGGUGUAAGUGGAUUCUACAAUAGAAUUGUCUCCUUCAUGUAUACUAACAUGAAAUUGAAUGCUAACAAGGAAAUUCUUUUGUUAUCUUUCAGUUUUAUUGAUUCUCACCCAAUAAGCACUGGUGGUAAAGGAAAAUAAAGUAUUGUUUGCUAGUGUUUUGGUAAACGUUCAUGAAAUCACCAUAAGAAUGUUAAUGUGCGCUGAUGGUUUCUUUUUUGUUUAAGUCAAGCCACUUGUAGUAUUAUAAUCAAAGCUACUUUUUAUUGCUGUUUCAGUACCUCCUUGUUGAGAAAUCUGAAGUGCACUGAACCUGUAAAUAUACUUAAUGUUCUGCAUACUUUAAUGUUUACUUGUUACUUUGAGACAGUUUAUAUAAAUGAAAACUGAUUUAUAGUAGAAUAACUUCCAGCAAACUGUUUCUCUGCUGGUAAAUCAGACCUGUGUUAUGCAAUUAGACUUUUGUAAUUAUAUGAACUGUAAUGGAAGCAUCUAUUUCUGGCCUUAUGCGUUUAAACCAUUUCAGCACGGAGUUGUUCAAUGUCCUACUGUUUAAAAAGUGAAAAAAAAAACAACCUUCUGUAACUCAUGUAAAUCCUAUGACCUUUUUCACUGUAUGAAUACUGUACGUUAAGCUGUAAAUAUUCAGUUCUAAAUGUUGUGCUUACAUCACAUAAAGGGUUUUGCAGGA